AUGCAGCCGGCUCGCAUCUGGCUGCCGACUGGGGAGGCCCUGAAGGCAUCGGUAGGUCUGAGUGACAACUGUAAGCAUCACAUCUUUCCUAAAGCAACAGAGCUGCAGGAGAUCCAGCGGCAGGUUGAGCGUCUGCCCAGUCCCAGCUGUCUGCAGACGGUUGGCCGGCUGCUGCAGCUGCGCAGGCAGGUGAUCCUGCUGCAGUUCGACACCGCCAUCCGCACCCUCAUCAGGGAUUCCUUCCUGUCCUCGGGUGACGUUGCUUCUUAUCUCAGUGUGAGUGACAACAUGGUGAAUGCUCUCCCUCUGCUGAGUAACAGCCUGCAGAGGGACGCGUUCAGCCUGACGCUGCCUGUCCCUCGACCUCUGGAGACCCGGGGCUGUGAGGCGCAGAGGAUGUUUCCGUGGAGGAGUUUCCUGGCCUGCCACGGACUGCUCCCUCUGCAUGUUUGGGACGUUCCGCCUAUUGAAGACUGCAUGCAGCUCUGUCUGAGUGGUCUGAGCAGCCGCAGCAGACUUCAGGCCAACGCCGCCAUCCUGGGCGUGUCCCUGCUCAUGGAGGACGUCCUGAACAGCGGACGGGAGGCCGAGCCGGUUUGUCUUCGUGGCCAAAAUGACAACGACCCCCUGCCCAGGGACAGACCCCACCAGGAGGCUGACGAAGCGCCAGCUUCUCGUCCGGAUCCCGUCAGGGUCCAGUCUGUGCUGAAAGGCUUCCUCCUGCUCACCAAGCAGCUCCAGGUCUUCAAGGAAAACUGGGCCCGAGCCCGUCUGGGCGUGCACGCCUUCAGGACCGCGGCUCUUUAUCAGCAGUUUGUGAAACUCUACAGAACUGAAAUAUUUUUCCCCAGUAUGAGAGCUCUGGCUCGUCAAAUGGGAAAAGAAAGAGAUUAUGAGGCGCUGAUCUCAGGGAGCCAGUCUCUCCUGCCCCCUCCUGGAGCUUCAGAGGUGGAGGUGAAAACCUGGCAGCUUCGCCUCCUGAUGGAGAGCACCGAGUGGGACAUGGUGGCGGCGCUGCAGAGGAGGAUCAGCCGGGAGCUGACGCUGGCGGCGGCCGAGCGGGCUCGACAACACGCACGUCUGCCCACAGAGUUGUGGAAAAAAGCCCCUCUGAAGCAGAGUUUGGCCCCCGAGCGGCCGCAGAUGGUGGAAACCUUCAUCCAGCAGCUGAUGGAGGGAGCCGAGCGGGCCGAGGGAGAGGUGAAAUUCUCCCAGCACCACCUGCAGCAGUGUCUGAAUCACCUCGCCUCCUCAGUGAUGGACAGGGAGCGCCAGAACUUCCUCUUUUACUCACAGUUUUACGAGCAAAUUCUGCGGCAGCAGACGGAGCUGCUGUACCACAAAGAACAGGAUCUGAAGAGUCUUGAAGAUGCUCAAAUGAAUAAUUCUCACACAGAGACGGCAGGGCUCUGUCGUGAGAUGAUGUUGGAGAUCUCAGACCUGCGAACUCAAGUGGCUCACCUGAGAGAGGAGGGGAGGACAUCAGAGGAGCGGCUCGGUCUGAAAUACAGAGAGCGCUACGACCCCGUGGUCCGACACCUGUUCUCCACCUGCAUCCAGCUGCAGGCCCGACUGGAUGGGUUUCGUCAGCAGAUGGAGCUGGAUGUGAGUGAGAUGGUGAGCAGAGUGAGAGGAGAGGGAGUGGAUAAAAUUAUCCAGCUCAAGAACAAAUAUGGCUGCAGGAGAGACGACGACGGACUCCUCCUCACUCAGCUGAAGAAGGAAGAAGUCCAUGAGUUGAAGCUGGAGAUCAGCCGGCUGAGCGCUCUGCUCUGCAAGCAGAAGGCAGUGAGCCGCUGGAGGAAGGCGGUGGAGCUUCAGAAACUCCACAGAGAGCUUCUUCAGAGUCGGCAGCUGGAGAUCGCCAGUCGCUCUGAAGCCGUCAGGGUGAGGAUGGUCUCUGAGGAGAAGGAGGUCGUCCUGCAGGAGGAGCUGGACGCCGUCCGCAGGCUGCUGGCUCAGACCCAGGCUGAGUGCAGCAGCACCAAGAAGCUGCUCGGCAGGAAGACCUCGGAGCUGCAGGCGGCCCGGCAUCAGUCUGCACAGGAAGCCCGCAGCAGGCAGGAGCUGGACUCCUGUCGAGCGCAGAGUCUGGAGCAAAUGAGGACGGACGUGGAGGACAGAGACAGACGGCUGAGGGCGCUCAGCGAGCAGCUGGACAGGGACAGCAGGACCAACCGGCUGCAGCGGCAGCGCAGCGCCAAGCAGAUCCGGCAGGUCGGCGCAUGCAGAACAUCAGCAGCUAAACACAGAUCUGUCGUUUCAUAG